AUGGCAUCGCAAUCCGCCUCUCGAGCACUUACAAUUUCCGCCCUGCUGGCUUGUGCCGGUUGGGGUGGCUACAGCGUUGCCAUCACGGGGAUACGCAGUGGCAUGUUCGCAGCCAUCGAAGCCAGCAUUGGCCGUGCUGACCCAUACAUCCCGGGCGGCCCGGCGCCAUAUCGCACACACUUCACCGGUAUUGCCGGCCUCGAUCGACACCUGCUGACGCUCGUCUCCUUCUUUACGUUCAUCAUCGAUGGCCCUCAGACGUGGUCCACUACACUGGCCUUCUGGUACCUCUGGGCGCAUCUCUGUGCGGGCUGGUGCCUCAUUGCACUCGAAGGCCGUCGCCUGGGAAAUAGCGGUUUGGCCGUCCGUUGGACCACCGCUGUCGGCAUCAUCUUUCAGAACAUCACGUACACCGUCACCGUACCUUUGUACCUUGUGCUGCACAUCCUCACAUCGCCCAUCACAGCGGCCUCAUCGCUUCCAGCAGAUAUCGUUGCGUCCAACAUCGCCGUCGACCCGUUCGACUCCGCUGCCUUGCCGCUCUGCAACGUCUUGGCCUAUGUUGUCCCGGGCAUAAUGAUGCUUCUGCCUUCUCCAGGCCUCGUGCACCCCCUUGCCCACUACGCCUGGAAUUCAGGGUGGCAGGUGUUUCCUGCCACUCAGAGUCUCUUCCACCGACUUCUGCGUCUCACCCUGCUGCCUUCUCGCAACACCAGCACGAUUCUACGUCAGAAGACAACGCCCGACUCUACAUACCUGUACGUGCUUUUUGUCAGCCUGCUCAGCCAGAUGGCACUCAUCGCCGUGGCCGUCACGCCUGCGCGCGCUGUGCCCAACGCGUUGGCACCCGUGUUUGCUGACGUAAGUCUGGCUUCGGCGUUCGUGCCCUCCUGGCCGAGCAACUCGCCUGUCAUCGACACGACUGCGGCGACUAUCGCACCCCACGGCUUGGCUGAGGCAGUCAAAUUAUUCCUUCAGUGGGAUGUUUACUGCGGUGGUACGGCUGUCUUAGUGUGGGCAAUAUUUGUACGUGGCCAGACUCAGGCCAAAUUGAGCAUUGCGUCAGUCUUGCCAAAGGUCGCGUUCUGGACAGCCUGUGGUGGACCGCCGGCUGCUGCUGCAAUCUUGCUUUGGGAGCGGGACAGGGAAGCUGCGGCGGGUGAGCCGAGGAAAAAGAUCCUAUGA